AGUAGUUCCUUUCCUGUGGUGAUUAACUGAGCAAAAGCGCUCUAGAGGAGCCAAUGUAUGAUUUUCUACUUCUUAGAUUGAGGCUCCUUUUCUCAUAGGUGAGUGAAGGGAAAGAAAAAUAAAAAUAAAAAGGAGAAGAAAAGCGGAAGAUCUUUUACUUUCGAAAAACCACGCCUUCUAUAUUACUUUGCCGGUGAGCCACCAUUCGUCCAGCAUCCGAGUUUAGAACCCGUAAAUUUUAGCGGGUCCGAUCCGCGUGGAAUCUCUUCAUUGCCAGCGGCCAGCCAGCUUCAUCAUCAUCAUCGAAGCUUUAUUAUUAUUACCCAAAAUUUCCCAAACAGGGGAAAACCAAAAUUCAAAACCCAAACCCAAAAACAACAUUAAUUCAAAGCCCACCGUUGUUGCUGUAAAAUCAUUUUAUUUAUUCGUUAAAUUAAAUAUAAAAAUUCCCUCUUCCGUACUCUUUUUCUGUUUCUUCUUACUUCGCUUCGCUGAAAUUUUUUGCGUUUAGCUCUUUGUUUGAUCUCCUAUUCUGGGUCGUCGGCCAAUGCAGGUACUCUUUUCAUGACUUCAGCAGAAUCAUUUCCUCCCCCCACUGCUUGAUUCUGUUAGAUUCUGGAAAGUUUUUCCCCGGAUAAACCCUAAUUUGCCCCCCUCCCCUUUUUGCUAAAGUUAGGGUUUUGUUCUUGAUGUUGCUUGGCUAGCUCUGGUUAUGGGCUUAUUUAGUUAGUUGGCAUUGGAAUUUGGGGUCAAUUUGCUCAAAUUGAUUGACUUUAGUUGAAUUCCGUGUCGACUUUGCUUUGGGGUCUUGGUAGUUUUAAUUUGGGUGCCCGUUUAAGUUAGUGAGUGUGGUUUGCUUUACAAAUGGAUUUCUGAUUAAAGUGUCUUAGUUGGUUGUAAAGCUACGCCUUUGAGUUUGUUCGCCCAGUUUGUAAUGCUAUGAACUGGGCUUUGACAUGCUCGUAAAGUAUUGAUUUUUUGUGCAUUUUGCAAUUCAGUCACAAGUUAUUUGUUAACGGGUUGAUGAUCAUGUGGAUUGAAUGCAACUAAGGGGGAAAAAAAACCCCCCUUUUAACUGAAAGAAAUGAUAUCUGUAAUAACAUUUCACUUUCAUGUUUUGUUGUAGUUUUUAAGGUUCUAUUUUGAGUUCAAGGUGGGAAAUUUAAAUGCUGACCUUAGUCAUUUUACUGGAGAGGAAAAUUCUGGUUAAAUAAUAGCAGGAUCUCAUUGUUACUGUAAGUUGAGACAAUCUAUAACUGAUAGUCCCGUGCAUAGGGGUUCUUUUGUUAGUACUUUAUCUCACUACAAUGGUCCUCUGAUCGUGUUUGUUUUUGUGAUUAUGAAUGGUGCAGGAUCAGAGCUAAUUAAUGAGGGAGAGAAGUGUUCAUAAUUAUGAGUAGUUGUGAUUGAGUUUCUGGAAUGGCUGGCAAUGCAAGGUUUGAGUUGAAUUCAGCCAGCCCUGAUGCAAUCUUUCCUGGAAAUUAUGGGCAGAGAGGGGGUUAUUCUGGUCCAAUUUUGGAUCGGUCAGGUAGCUUCAGGGAUACUUCUGACGGUCGUAUGUUCAGUUCUGGAAAAGGUAAAGCUAGGGGGAGUGGUACACCGACGGGGGAUCAAUCUUCUUUGUCCCAAUGUCUGAUGUUGGAUCCUAUUGAUGGGAUUGAUCCGAAACAGCAUCGGUCACUUGAACUAAGGAGGGUCCUUGGCUUCUCUGUUGGGAAUACAAUGGAGGACAGUUCACUUGGCACAUCCCAUUUAAGAAACUCGCCUCCAGCAGCCAUAGAAGAGUUAAAAAGAUUUAGAGAAAGUGUGGCUGAUACGUGCAUCAGAGCUAGUGGUAGAGCUAAAACAUUGGAUGAACGGUUGCAUAAGCUGACCAAAUAUUGCGAAGGUACAACCUCCAAGAAACAACAGCGGAAUGAGCUAUUAGCUAGUGAUAGAUCUGGUAGCUCAAAUUUGAAGCUAGGAAGCCAGAUGCUUCGGAGCCCUUCAGAUCUUUCCCAUCCUAAGUUGGAUGAUAGGUCUAAGAAUGUUGUACUGAAUAAACGUGUCCGCACAUCAGUUGCAGAAACUCGGGCUGAGGGCAGGAGCAAUGGUCUACCUAGGCAGCCUUUGGUCAUCUCCAGGGACAGAGACAUGGUUAAAGAUGGUAGUGUGAAUUCUGGUAUUGUUGAAGAAAAGAUUCGAAAAUUGCCUGCUGGAGGGGAGAGUUGGGACAAAAAGAUGAAAAGAAAACGUUCAGUAGGUGCAGUGUGCGCUAGACCCAUUGAUUCUGACGGAGAACCAAAGCGAGCUGUUCAUCAUAAGCUAACCCAUGAACCUGGAUUACAGUCUUCGGAUUAUCAGAAUCUUAGGUCUGGAGGUCCAAUGGUUGGUGUCAAUAAAUUGGAUGGUACCUUAUCACCUGCGGGAUCUAGUGCUCGUUCAACAAUUAAGAUUGAACAGGAUAAGUCAGUACUCUCUCGUGAUGUCAAUGCUGCACUAAAUAAGGAGCGGAUCCUUGCCAAGGGAAGCAUUAAGUUGAGCAAUCGUGAGGAUAGUAACCUCGUCUGUCCUAGUCCCUUAUCAAAGGGAAAGGCCGCUAGAGCACCACGUAGCGGGUCAGCAAUGGCAAAUUCAGUGUCCAAUGCUCCUAGAGUAUCAGCUCCACUGGAGAGCUGGGAAUUGGCUCAGAGUAUAAAUAAAAGUGCUUCUGGCAAUGGAGCGAAUAACCGCAAACGUGCUUUGCCAUCAGGUUCUUCUUCACCGCCUAUAACCCAGUGGGGUGGUCAAAGACCUCAAAAAAUUUCACGGACAAGGAGAGCCAACCUAGUAUCACCAGUAUCGAAUCAUGAGGAAGUGCAGACUCCAUCGGGAGGAUGUUCUCCUUCUGAAUUUGGUUCUAGGUUGGCUGGAAAUGGGACUAAUGUGUCUCUUCUCUCGAAGGGGUCACCAGUUGGAGCUCAGAACACCAAAGUUAAACCUGAAACAGUUUCAUCUCCUGCUAGGUUUUCAGAAAGUGAAGAAUCUGGUGCUGGUGAAAAUAGAUUGAAAGAUAAAGGAGCUUGUAGUGGUGAAUUAGAGGGAAAAGGUAUUAAUGCUCAUCAUAGUGGUGGAAAUCCACCUGUGGUUUUGAAGAAAAAUAAGUUUUUUGUCAAGGAAGAAACAAGUGAUGGUACUCGAAAACAAGGCCGAAGUGGAAGGGGGUCGCCGUUUUCUGGAGCAAGCAUGUCACCUUUGAGAGAGAAGUCAGAUGGCUCACCCACAACAAAGCCACUUAGAAAUAUGAGGCCCGGCUCUGAUAAGAAUGGAAGUAAGUCUGGCCGUCCUUUGAAGAAGGUAUCUGAUCGCAAGGGCAUUUCUCGUCUAGGGCAUUCAACAAGCGGUGGUUCGCCUGAUUUUACUGGGGAAUCAGAUGAUGACCGUGAAGAGCUGUUGGCAUGUGCAAGUCAAGCUUACAAUUUUAAUGUCCAGGCUUGUUCAAGUGCAUUUUGGAAGAAAGUGGACGGGCUGUUUACUUCUAUCAGCUCGGAAGGAAAGUCUUACCUAUCGCAGCAGCUAAAAGAGGCACAGGAAUUGCAUGAGAAGCUUGCUCAGACAUUUCGGCAUGGCAACUCGAUUCAGGGCAAUUAUUUGCAUGAAGAUUCUGUUUGUGAUUCUCUUUCCGGAGCCAGAAGUAGAAGUUCUCAAAACACAAGUGAAUCAAAAGAUUUGUACAAUAUUGAUGAUUCAUUUGAUACGUUGCAUGGUUCUACCAUGUCUAAAAGAUUAGGUUUAGAGCGGCAAUCAGGGCAAUCAGCCCAUGUCACUCCUAUGUUCCAAAGGGUACUGUCAGCCCUCAUUGAAGAUGACAUUGAAGAAUAUGAUGAGAAUGAAUGGGGAAGAUCUAUGUCACAUCAGAGUGCUCGGGUGGUUUCACCUGUUGAUGAUGAUUACAAGCAUGGGGAUAUGAUUGAAUUUGAAUGCGAGUCUACAAAAGAGAUUCCAAUUUCAAGCAAUGGUCAUGCAAGUAAUUUGUUUAAUCACCACACGAGUAGUAAUUACGGUAGAAAAUCCAGAUUAAUGGAUUCUCCAUGUGAUGGUGAACUCCUGCGUGGAGACAAUGGAUUUGCUCAUCCGGAGGUUGAAGUGUUGGUUGGACUUUCUAGUCAUGGUCGGACUGGAGUACAGAGUCAUGGGAACUCUUCAAAUGACUGCCAGUAUGAGCAAAUGAGUCUUGACGACAAAGUCUUGUUGGAGCUUCAGAGUGUUGGUCUCUAUGUAGAGACAGUGCCUGACCUUCAUGAUAAAGAGGAUGAAUUGAUCAACCAGGAGAUCAUUAAUCUGAAUAAGGGCCUUUAUCAACAGGUUGGUAAGAAAAAGAGUUGCCUGGAUAAGAUUUGUGAAGCUAUUCAAGGGGGACAAGAUGUGCAGGGGCAGGACCUUGAGCGUGUUGCAAUGAGUAAGCUUGUUGAAAUGGCUUACAAAAAGCUCUUGGCUACUAGAGGAAGUCUUGCUUCUAAAAACGGGAUUCCCAAGGUGUCAAAGCAAGUUGCAUUGGCUUUUGCUAGGAGAACACUUGCUAGAUGUAAGAAAUUUGAAGAUACCGGAGUAAGUUGUUUUGAUGACCCUGCUCUUCGGGAUGUCCUCUUUGCGCCACCUCCUCAAAUCACUGAAGCAGAGCCGUCAAAUGGGGUCAACAAGGUUGAUGGUUAUGGUAACCAGUCUGAUCAAGCUUUUGCGAAGAAUGGGCCUAUUUUGAACAGGGGGAAGAAAAAGGAGGCCUUGCUGGAUGACUUUGGUGGAGUUGCUGUUAGAACCACAUCUUUGGGAGGCAGUCUUUUGGGUGGUGCGAAGGGAAAGAGAAGUGAUAGAGACAGAGAUGCUACAAUGCGAAACAGUAACAGCAAAGGUGGACGCUCAUCGCUCGGUACCUCUUCGAAGGGCGAGCGGAAGAAUAAAACGAAACCUAAACAGAAGACAGCUCAACUAUCUAUGUCAGGGAAUGGAUUGAUGAACAAAUUUAUGGAAACAUCACCCCAAGUCUGCCCUCCUUCAGCUGGCGAUAUUCCGAAUAACGGUGACCGGAACAAGAAAAGAGAGGUUGGAGUUCUCUCUCCUGGGAAUACAUCCUUAGACUCGGGGAAAGAGAAGGAAGCUCUCGAACCCAAAAUGCAAUUGCAUGAACUGAUAGAAGACGACCUAGGGGGGCAUCAGGAUCUGAAUACGUUUUUUAACUUUGACGAACUAUUACAAGACCAAGACCAUGAUGAUGGUGGAGCUAUAGGGCUUGACAUACCCAUGGAUGACCUUGGAGAUUUGCCGUUCUGCUAAUAAUAGCACAGUAUAAUUGUACAGUCUUGUGGAUUAUUUAACUUGCUUAGAUGAUGAAAAAGAUUUUAUGAUGGAUGGAUUCCAUGUGGGUCUGUGAGAUGGGGAAAAAACUGGUAGCUGAAGAUUGUGUCCCUUUUGGCCAAAUAGGCACUUGUAAAUUAUUGUUGGCCAUUCUUUUUGUAUACUACUAGAAGGAGAGAGAGAGAGAGGUCACCUAGGAAAUCCCCCCAAUUGUUUUACAAUUAUGAUUCUAGACAAAUGUACUUUGCUUUGUCUUAAAUUAAGAAAUUCUAAAUUAGCUGAGUUUUGUAAAUUUCCAGUUAACUUAAUUUAAGCAGUGAUGAUGAUUAUUAAGAGUCCACAUUCGUCAUUAUUGUCAUUAUUAAUCUCUAAGACUGCCUGUUUCGGAAGAGGAUGGUGCGAGGGUUACACAAUGUCGGC